CAGUCAAGCUGCCGAUUACAUAAAUGCUUCAAAAGUUCAAGGCGCAUAUAAAACACAGCUGUGGUUUCCUUGACGACCAGCAGACUGCAAAGGCCAGUGUCUCUCUCUCUCUCUGAACUUAUCAGAAGUGUGGCCGGUGUCUCUCUCCAAAACAUACAGGUCAGCUAUGCAUCUCACACAACAGGACCAAAAGCUUGACAUUGUGUUAAGAAACCAGGGAGCCACAGACUCAACUUUUGAAAUUUCAGAUGGCAGCAAUGACCCUGAGAAGAACGUUAUCACUGAACCCCGUGCUGACAGUUUGGAAGAGGGCCUGGACCCAAGGCCCGAUGGCAACCUUAUCUACUCCAUCAAUGAUCGCCCGCCCUGGUACCUCUGCAUUCUUCUGGGUUUCCAGCAUUACAUACUGGCAUUUGGUGGCAUCCUGGCAAUUCCUCUCAUCCUGGCUGAGCCGUUGUGCAUCAAAGAGAACAACGCUGCAAAAAGUCAACUCAUCUCUACCAUCUUCUUCGUCUCGGGCCUGUGCACCUUGCUACAGACCACCUUCGGGACCAGGUUGCCGAUCCUCCAAGGGGGGACGUUCACCUUCAUCACCCCGACCUUGGCUAUCCUCGCCCUCCCCAAGUGGAGAUGCCCAGACAUGAGUGCUACCGCUCAACCGAACACCACAGAUUCUGCAGCCACCCCCCUCGUGGAUAGCGACGAGGUGUGGAAGGUCCGCAUCCGUGAGAUCCAAGGUGCUAUUCUUGUGGCCUCAAUGCUUCAGCUUGUCCUGGGCCUGUCGGGUCUCGUGGGGCUAGUGCUGAGGUUCAUCGGGCCGCUGGCCAUUGCUCCCACCAUCAACCUCAUCGGACUGUCGCUAUUCAUCCAGGCUGGACAGAAGUCAGGAGCUCACUGGGGAAUUGCUGCUCUAACUGUUUGCCUGAUCCUUCUAUUCUCCCAGUAUUUGAGCAAAGUUAACCUUCCUCUCAUUGCUUAUAAGGACAAGAAGUGGAAAGUCUUCCAGUACCCUCUCUUCAAACUCUUUUCUGCUUUAUUUGGGAUGUGUGGAGCCUGGCUGGUGUGUUUCCUGCUGACAUAUUUCAAUGCCCUGCCCUCAUCCCCGAAUGAGUACGGAUACAUGGCCAGAACUGACAUCAAUCUCAAUGCAGUAAAAAGUGCUGCAUGGUUUUAUGUGCCUUAUCCAGGACAGUGGGGUUUACCCACUGUGAGCGUGUCGUCUGUACUGGGCAUGAUGGCUGGAGUGCUCGCCUCAACAAUGGAGUCCAUUGGAGACUAUUAUGCGUGCGCCCGGCUCUCUGGUGCGCCUCCACCUCCCACGCAUGCUAUUAACCGCGGCAUUGCGGUGGAAGGCGUGGGCUGCAUCUUGGCUGCCCUGUGGGGUAGUGGUAAUGGAACCACCUCCUACAGUCAGAAUAUCGCCGCUCUGGGAAUUACAAGGGUUGGCAGCAGAUUGGUACUUCAGACCGCUGGGCUUCUUAUGAUCAUCUUGGGACUCUUUGGUAAAUUCAGUGCAGUCUUUAUAACUAUUCCAGACCCGGUCAUUGGUGGAAUGUUCCUCAUCAUGUUUGGCAUGGUAGCAGCAGUGGGCAUUUCCAAUCUGCAGUAUGUGGACUUGAACUCCUCCAGGAAUCUCCUAAUUCUUGGCUUCUCGACCUUCAGUGGUCUUGUGCUCCCAACCUGGUUUCAUUCGAAUCCAGGCAUGAUCAACACAGGCAUAAAAGAGUUGGAUCAGCUCAUUAUGAUUCUCUUCACCACCCACAUGUUCAUUGGUGGAUUCUUUGGGUUUGUUUUGGACAACACAAUACCAGGAACAGAAGAAGAAAGAGGAAUAAAGAGCUGGAGGAAGGUUGAUGUAAGGUCUAAAAUACACAUGACCGAUCUUUCCUGUUACAAUCUGCCUUUCUGCACGAACUUUAUUCAGAGGUUCAAAUUGCUCCACUACCUCCCAUUUCUCCCAUCACUUGAGUCGCAGGAACUGGGAACGCAUCUGUAGCACUGUAGUUUUCUGUGGUGAGGCUUG